GCUGGUCCUCAUCUCUUUCUUCUACUGGAUAAUAUCAUAACACACUUCCAUGAGCUUUGUGGGUUCGUAGGACUUGUCCAGAUUGGCCAACUAGACCAUGACCCCACCAUUGCACAUGUACAUCCCUACUAGACCAUAUACUUCAACUUACCUAUCCCUACCUUCCUUUCCCUAUUUAAACCUCUUUAUCCCCAUUGAGUUUGGAGAAAAGAAAAAAAAAAAAAGAUACCACAAAAGUGAAGAACAAUAGAACACCAAAACACACAAACAGGGUCUAGUUUGAGUAGAAAUAAUGGAAGUGGCCAUGGAUGUAGAAGAUGAUUCAUUUUUUGCAGACUUAAGCAAGCAAAUCUCUCUUUUAAUCAUGGAUGACGACGAGGAAGACCCGGUUGCAAAUUGUCCUUCAGUUUCUCUCCAGAAUUUUUCUCCAGCAAUCCAACCACCUACACAAUUACCUCAAUUUCUUUAUCAUGAACAAACUUGCAAAAGAGAGAGCAAAGGAACUGGAGUUUUCAUCCCCCAAUUGUCACAGCCCAGAAGGAAGCACAGGCAAGGAAGACUUGCUUCUUACAACACAAAAUCCCAGAGACAGCCUGAUAAUACUAGGAUGGUUUCCCAAGUGUCUUCAAAGUAUUCUUUUAAGCCAAAAAAAGUUUGAGGACAGACAGACCAUCAUGAAGUGUAGGAUUUAGAUUCAAUAAUCUCUACUAAUGAAUUAUUCUUUGCCUAAAAUGUGCUAAGGCAAGGAUCUUGUGAUUUUUAAGGUUUAUAUAUAUAUGGUGAUCAUGUACAUGGAAAAGCUAUAUAUGUAUAUAUACUUUGUUCCUUAGUGUGUCAUACAGAGGCUCACCACUCCCAACUGUGGACAAUGGACAUGUAUGGUGGUUAAUUAUUGAGCUUGAUAGAGAAUAAGCUUCUGUAUUGCUCAUUUAAGACUAUUGAUCAAUUUAAUUUAUUUAGUGUUCGUGUAUUA